CGCCCCUGGCAUAGCCACGCCCCGGCCUCCGUAGAUACGCCCCCAGCUGGCUGGCUGCCCCCCACGCCCAGAAAGUGUGUUUGUACUGGCUAGAGGAAAGGAUCGCUGCGGGGAGAGGGAGAGAGGUAGCCCAGUAUGUGGCUGCUGGAAAAGGCUUGAACAGCUGGGGCAAGACUGAAAUAACGGCUAUCUGCUGCUGUAUAGCAAGCCCUCUUGUGACCAGCUGGAUGAACCCUAGCAAGUUUGACCUGCAGGCAUGGCGUCCAGUAAAAAAAAUGGAAAUAACUCACGUUUACAGAGUCGGAAACCGCCUAACCUUUCCAUUACCAUUCCUCCAACUGAAGGCGAGCGUGAACCCGCACAGAUUAGGCCACUCGCCAAACCCAUGUACCAGAAAAGUGUUAGCCUGCAGGAGCCACAGAGGUCAGAAGACUUUACCACAAGUGGCAGGCCUGCCUUCAGAAGACAGACCUCACUGUCACAGAGCAUAAAAAGGGGUACAGCCCAGUGGUUCGGAGUGAGCAAUGACUGGGAGGGGAAGCGACAACAUUGGCAGCGCAAAAGCCUUCAUCAUUGCAGUCUCCGUUAUGGAAAACUCAAACCCCAGUACCAGAAGGACAUGGAACUGCCAAGCCAAGAAACUCCCUCCUUCCAGACCACAGAGUCUCCUGCCACCUCUCGUCUGCCCAAGAUUGUGGAUCCAUUGGCACGGGGAAGGGCAUUUCGGCAUCCCGAUGAGGUGGACCGGCCGAGGACCCCUCAUGUGUGCAUGGGUCCAGUGACUCCCGGAGUCAUGUCACUGACAUCCUUUACCAGUGUACGUUCAGGGUACAGCCGAUUACCACGACGCAAGAGGGAAAGUGUUGCACACAUGAGCUUUCGAGCGGCAGCUGCUAUCAUUAAGGGUCGUCCCAUACUAGACACACCCCAUAGCCGAAAAGCGGGACACAAAAAAAGCUUUGCUUAUCCUAGCUUUAUGGAUGAGGACACGGUGGAUGCCCCGGACACUUUGGAUUCCUCCUUCUUUAGUAAGGUUGACAUGCAUGAUGAAACGUUCUCUAUGCCAGACGAUGUCUUUGAAUCUCCUCCCAUCUCGGCGGCUUAUUUUCGAGCCCAUGUGCCAACUCCUGACGAUAGAUCGGAAGGACCCAUUACAAAUGUGAAAGAGUCUGUGAAACCCUCCCUGGCUGGCCACCCCCGUAGAGGCAAACGCAUUGCAUCUCAGGUGAAACACUUUGCAUUUGACCGGAAGAAGCGUCUGUAUGGCCUGGGAGUGGUGGGGAACUGGUUAAAUAGGACCUACAGACGCAGUAUCAGCAGCACUGUGCAGACCCAGCUGGAACAUAUUGACAGCCACAGACCAUACUUCACCUACUGGAUUACCUUUGUCCAUGUCCUCAUCACCCUUCUAGCCAUCGGUACAUAUGGCAUUGCCCCAAUUGGAUUUGCACAGCAUACCACCACUGAACUGGUCCUAAAGAACAAAGGUGUAUAUGAGAGUGUAAAAUACAUACAGCAAGAAAACUUCUGGAUUGGCCCAAGUUCAAUAGCACUCAUUCACCUGGGAGCAAAGUUUUCCCCUUGUAUACGGAGGGAUGCCCAAAUUGAUCGCCUAAUCCAGAGAGAGCAGGACUUGGAACGAGAGUCUGGCUGCUGCGUUCAGAAUGAUAACUCUGGCUGUGUGCAGACACUGCAGCGGGACUGCUCGGAAACGUUGGCAUCUUUUAUAAAGUGGCCGGAACACAAUGCCCCUUUUCUAGAUGAGAAGGGCAGUCAGAGCAGAGUGUCAGGAGCCGUGUGCCACCAAGAUCCCCGGACGUGUGAGGAGCCAGCAUCCGUCAUACCCCAUGUGUGGGCAGAUGACAUCACAAAGUGGCCAAUUUGCACAUACCAGCAAACACACAAUCACACUGGGUUCAAGCACAUGGACUGUGAAAUCAAAGGAAGACCGUGCUGCAUUGGUACCAAGGGAAGUUGUGAAAUAACAACACGGGAGUAUUGUAACUUCAUGCAUGGAUACUUCCACGAAGAAGCCACACUUUGCUCACAGGUUCACUGCCAAGAUGAGGUGUGCGGUUUGCUGCCAUUUUUAAAUCCUGAAGUACCAGAUCAGUUUUACCGCCUAUGGCUAUCCCUCUUUCUUCACGCUGGGGUCAUUCAUUGCCUGGUGUCGGUGAUCUUUCAGAUGGCAGUUCUGCGUGACUUGGAGAAGCUGGCAGGCUGGCUUCGAAUCUCUAUCAUCUACAUCUUAAGUGGUAUCACAGGGAACUUAGCCAGUGCCUUGUUCCUGCCUUACAGGGCAGAGGUUGGUCCAGCAGGGUCUCAGUUUGGUCUCCUGGCGUGUCUGUUCGUAGAGCUGUUCCAGAGUUGGCAAAUCUUGGCAAAGCCAUGGAAGGCGUUCUUCAAACUUCUUGGCAUUGUUUUCUUUCUGUUCCUAUUUGGACUGCUCCCAUGGAUUGACAACAUAGCCCACAUUUUUGGCUUUAUCAGUGGUCUCUUGCUCUCAUUUUCCUUUCUUCCAUACAUUACAUUUGGCACAGCAGACAAGUACCGCAAAAGAGCCAUGAUCCUCAUCUCUCUGCUAGUCUAUAUUGGUCUAUUUGCCUCUUUGGUCAUUUGGCUGUAUGUGUAUCCAAUUAACUGGGCUUGGAUAGAGUUCCUUACCUGCAUCCCCUUCACCAACAAGUUCUGUGAGAAAUAUGAUAUAGACCAGGUGCUUCAUUGAUUUACCAGCGUAUCAACCGUGGAAGGUGAAACUUGAAAGUUCUGGAGAGAAGAGUAUUGGAUUGGGCUCCAUUUUACCCAAGACUUAGAUUGGUUUAUCAACUUUAAUAUGAAUGAUACGGGAGAGCACACUGGCCAAUGUGGCGUGAAAUAUUUGGUGCCAGAAGCAUGAUGGCCAUAUCUGAGUCAGUCCAAAUCUCCGUUCCUGAUCAUGGAUCUGCUCACUGGACUGUGGCAUUUAUUUUGAGGAGCUAAAAAAGAAACCCUGAAAGGGUGAAUGAGCUUUUCAGUUACUGUCGUCAUAGAAAUUUGCAGCUCAGGAAUCACCUACUGACUGAAUGCAUUGUUAAUGUUUGGUGUAAAACCCUGGUAGCGGGGAAUACAAAGUUAGAGAAAAGGUUCAGUGUGGCCACAUUUAAUAGAAGCAGCAAAUGUUCACAAUUGCUCUCUGUUUAGAGGUUGUUUGAUGAGAUUUUACUGAGAAAAUGCUGCCUCUGAGGCACUUUAGUCCUCGCUUGAGUUUACAAAUGGCAUAGUAAAACUCUAGGGAAAAAACACUAGGUCCUGUUACAUGAGAUUUGCCCAGUUUACAGUACUUAACUUGGACCGAAGUGCAUCUACAUCUCAACUUUAUAAAACUCAAGGAUACAUUUUAUGGCCAUCCAUCUACCACCACCAGCAAACAUCAUAACAUAAAUAACCUGUAUGCUUUUACAAAUUAGACAUUAGCCAUUGACCUGCAUCUCUCCAUCUGCUUACUAAUUAGAUGUCGGGCAUAUAUUUCACCUCUUCUUAAGUUAUUGGUGACAUGCUUACUAACCAGACAUCAGCAACCUGUAUCUCUCCCAUCCUUUAUGAAUCUGACAUCUAUUAUUCCUGUUAGACGUGUAUUUUCUAUCCCACAUCUCCUUUCUAACAGUCAGUAGUUUAUUUUGAAUGUCCAAGAUAUUAAUGCAUUUAAUGCCAACUCCUCCACUCAGGACAAGCAUACGGGUGCAGAAACUUCACAGAAACUUUACCUACUGUAUAGAUACUUUUCUCCUUCUCAUAAAUAUCUAGGUAUUUGAUAAGUCUGAUACCAGACGUAAGUAACCAGAUGUCAGGGGCAUGUUUGUCUUUGCUCUCCUCAAAUAGCUAGACACGACAAACAAGAACUUCUGUUAUCCUCCAAAUGACACACUCGCCCCGACACCUAUUUAUAUCCCCUGCUCCGUCACUACCUUCUAUUCCAGUGAUAUCAUGUACAUAUAUAUUCACAAGUUUCCAGACUUAAUUGAGAUAAUCCUCUUCACUCCCUCUUAACUCCAACCCUUGAAAUGUGCAAUACAGAGGCACAUAUAUUAGAAAUUGCUUUUCCUUUCAUAUGAAUAGACAUCAGGGACCUUCUGUACCUCACAUCCAGGUGCAGUGCACAUAUAUCAGGGACACAGUGUUCUGUUCAUUUUUGCAUUAAUGGACCAAAAUCUUGCACAGUGAGUUAAGGCGAUCAUUUGUCUCACUGUGCAAUCGUCUGAAAGCUGAAUCUACUGAGAAUAAGAAAGGGCUUUAGUUUUUUUCCAGAGACUAGAAUAUUUUUAAUGUAAGACCUUUGCGUUGGACACUUGGAUUUUAAAUCACCUUUUGCUGGGCAAUAGGGUCUACUUUGCAAAGUGUUGGAGUGAAUGUUCAUUUUGUACAAGCGCCAUUCGGAUGUCACAGAAGAAUAUGCAACCAAGGUAGUUUUUGAUGCAAUUUUUAGUAAAAUGUUUAUAUUUAAUAUAAUAUAUUUAAAGCAAGACAACACCAUUCUCUCCUACUGCAGCCUUUUUGCUGCCCACUAUCCAGAGAGUGGUGUUCUGUUGGGCAACGGUUGCUGUUGGUACUCCAGAACUGGUUUAAACAUGGAGAACUCGACAGCUUUUGAAAUAAAACACUUAUGUUUUAUGUUUUCACUUUGUGUCUUGUGUAUGAUUGGAAAUAACCUAAAGGUAACCAGUUUUGUGAUCCUUAUACCACUCCAAUUAUCUGCAUUUUGUAUGUAGUUUUCAAAAUAAAGACUAGUGUUUUGACAA